AUGUUCUACACUAAUAUAACAAGGAUAAAACAUUUCUUCAUCUUAACAAGGAUAAAACAUUUCUUCAUCCUCGGAUUUCCUGAACUGUCACCAGAGUAUUAUGGACCUGUGUCAGCCCUGCUUUUUGUGCUUUUCAUGUCUAUAGCUGUAGGUAAUAUUUUCAUUUUAGCAUUUGUUAAAUCUGAAAGGUCUCUUCACAAACCUACAUAUGUGAUCUUUUGUCACUUGGCAUUAACUGACCUAGGAUUUGGGACUGUUACUCUGCCAAAGAUUAUAUCAAAAUACUGGUUUGGUGACAGCAUUAUUUCAUUUUAUGGAUGUUUUGCACAAAUGUAUUUUGUUCAUUGUCUAGGGGCAGCUCAUUCUUUCAUCCUGAUGGUGAUGGCCCUUGAUCGUUUUAUUGCAAUUUGUGCUCCGCUGCGUUACACAGUUAUUUUCACAAAUACCACUGUGUCUGUGCUUUGUGGAGUAUCAUGGCUUAUGCCAAUAUCAUGGAUGGUGGGUGUAGUUAUAGAUGCUCUUGCCUUGCCUUUCUGUAAUUCAAACAUUAUUGUACACUGUUAUUGUGACCAUAUAGCAAUAACAGCGCUUGGAUGUGAGAACGUACGACAGGUUCAGGUAGUUGCAUUUGGUUUUGCCAUGUUCUGUUUGUUGUUGCCUCUGUGUUUCAUUGUCUUAUCAUAUUUUGUCAUCAUUCUGGCUGUUAUGAGAAUAUCCAGCUCUGAGGGCCGCAUCAAGACCCUGUCUACCUGCAUGCCACAGCUUCUCAUCACAUUUUUGUAUUACAUGCCAAGAUGUUUUGUGUAUCUGGCAAAUAAUGUGGGAUUCACUUUCAGUGUUCCAGUUCGCAUUGUUGUUGUAAUGAUGUACAGUCUUUUACCUGCUGCUGUCAACCCAAUAAUAUAUUGUUUCAAAACCAAGGAUAUCAAAGAAAGCUUAAAGAAGAAAUUCUUUAUUAGGAAAAUUAACAUCAGCAUAAAACCUGUAUAA